AUGUCAAGUCGUAAUCGUCAAUCCUCCGCAGAUAUCUUUAAACUGCGGCGCAAGGGUGUCAUCAUAUUUGGUUGUCUCAAAAGUUCGCAAGAAAAUAUCGAACAUCUAUCUAUCUAUGGUCACAUCUGUCUAUCUAUCUCUCUAUCUAUCUAUGGUCACAUCUAUCUGUCUGUCUAUCUAUCUAUCUAUGGUCACAUCUAUCUAUCUGUCUAUCUAUCUAUCUAUGGUCAUAUCUAUCUAUCUAUCUAUCUAUCUAUGGUCACAUCUAUCUAUCUGUCUAUCUAUCUAUCUAUGGUCACAUCUAUCUAUCUGUCUAUCUAUCUAUCUAUGGUCACAUCUAUCUAUCUAUCUAUCUAUCUAUCUAUCUAUCAGAUAUGUUCUUUCUGUCAUCAUAAUUAUCUAUCUUCUAUCUUCAUCUGUUUAUUUGUCUUUGUUAAUCUAUCUAUCUAUCUAUCUAUCUAUCUAUCUAUCUAUCUUCUCCCUUUAUCUCUUCAUAUCUAUCUUCUCCUUUUAUCUCUUCAUUAUCUAUCUAUCUAUCUAUCUAUCUAUCUAUCUAUCUAUCUAAGUCUGUGCAUAUCUAUCUAUCUAUCUAUCUAUCUUCUCCCUUUAUCUCUUCAUAUCUAUCUUCUCCUUUUAUCUCUUCAUUAUCUAUCUAUCUAUCUAAGUCUGUGCAUAUCUAUCUAUCUAUCUAUCUAUCUAUCUAUCUAUCUAUCUAAUAUAUAUCUUCAUGUAUCUGUCUUUGUUAAUGAAUCUAUCUAUCUAUCUAUCUAUCUAUCUAUCUAUGUCUCAAACACAAUCCCGUCUUCUUCUUCAACCUAUCUCCCUACUCUCUCUCUCGUUCUCUUUCUCUUCCUCUCUAUCUUACUCUCACUCUCUCCUGCUCCCUCUUUGCCUAGAAAAUAUUUCUGA